UUGACACUUAAUUUGAUUGGAAAUGAAAAUUUAACUACAAAGAAAUGACUAAUAAGGAUGUUGAAAAAGAUUUGCAUUGCGAUCCACGCAUGGCUACAUUGUUAGCGGUCCAUCUAGUAAGUCAGGUCCUUGAUGAGGCCUAUGUUAUUGCCAACGCUGCUCAUGAUUCUGGUCAGCCGUGGCAAUAUGUAUCAGGCUUGAAGAAGAUAAAAAAUUAUAGUCUAAAUGAGACGUAUGAAAAAGAACAAAAGUUGGAACCUGUUUUUGGUGGCAAUAAAGAAGAAAAUCAAAAUAAAUUGCAUAAAACUCCGAGUAAAAUUGCGACUUCUACGCCGCAAAAAGCUUUAGGUAAUCCCGCAAAUGUCAACGACCAUUCUCUUAUAGGCCAAGGGGAUGAAGAAUUUACAGGUGAUACAGAUGAAUCAAAAUCGACAUCAUUGUUCAUCACAAAUCUUUUUGACAUGAGCGAUGUUGAGCGAGAUAUGAGUUUCAGUGAGCCAGUUCUAAUGCAAAACAAACUGGAAUCACACGAUGUAAUUAUAAAUGCGAUGAAGAAAAUGAUGGAUCACUUUGUAGAAUCCGCUUUAAAUUAUGCGUCUGGCCAAGAACUUUCUAUAAAUGAUGAUAGAGCGAAGUCGUCCAUGGAAACUACAACAUCCAGUUAUUCCUUUUUGACUGAUGCAGCCGCUGAUGAAGAUGAGGAAGGAGAGUUACUUUUACGUGAUAUAGAAGUUCAUCAAACCGAUAGCAAUGACUUACAGCAGGACAUUACCAACGACAAAACAACAAAUAAACAUGACAUAGCUUCUUAUGAAAAAGCCUACUUAACAUUAAAUCGAGAUUACGAACAAUACUCUGAUGAUGAAGAACCCGUUCUUCAAGAUCCUAAAGGACUAUCAAUGCACGAAAUUGAGCUUAUGGCUGGGGGCUCUGCUGGCGAUAAUUGUCCACAAGAAAAAGAAACGAAAAACAAGGAAUUAGCUGCGAUAUCGGGAGUAUCCAGCUCUGGCCUUGGCUCUAAGAAAAGCAGCUUAGUCCGCCGCUGUCGCUCUCAAGGAGCGAGGCUAUUGUCUUGCCUGCGAGGGUGGUGGUGGAGGCGCAAGUUGCACGGCAAACGCAGGGAUUCUCGAAUGCAAGGAUCAAUUCGGGGGAUUUGUCCUCUAUCGCCUGAUACACGACGUCGAGCAGCUAGUCUACUUGAUCAACGUCAUCUAAGGACACCCUCUCCAUCAAGAUCCGUAGUUUGGAAGUUCAACACCGUCAAUGAGGCUCUAGUUCAUUCCGCCCAAUGGAAAGAAUUUUCAUCGAAAAUGGAUUUUGAUGAAAACGAAAACUCUUAAAAUUACAUUUUAUGUUUGGUUACUCUUAUUUAACGUUUAUUACGUUAUAUUACGUUUUUUGCAAUAAAAAAUAUAGUUCAAUAUUUUUAUUUUUUCCUUGCGGUGUUGUUUCCGCAUAGACAACAUAUUAAUUAGCAUAAAUAAAUAAAGAA